UUCCAAACAGAGCCAAUGCAGCAACUCAGAAGCAGUCCCCUGCUGAUGUUUCUUUUUCUGCUCGCAUUACUGCACUAUGUGGAACUCAAGGUUUUGGGUCACCAAGUUUUGGAAUCGGAGCAGUAUCCUCUGAUUGUGAGUACCUGGCCCUUCCUUGAGGCGGUCAGAGCUGCAUGGAGGUCGGUUGAUGGUGGGUCUUCAGCUGUGGAUGCUGUCGUAGAUGGUUGCUCGGUUUGUGAGGAACUAAGGUGUGAUGGAACUGUGGGUCCUGGUGGAAGCCCAGAUGAGAAUGGUGAAACUACAAUCGAUGCUAUGGUCAUGGAUGGGUUGACUAUGGAAGUAGGAGCAGUUGCUGCCAUGAGAUAUGUCAAGGAUGGAAUCAAGGCUGCUAAAUUAGUGAUGCAAUACACCGAACACACUUUGCUUGCAGGAGAAAAAGCCUCAGAAUUUGCCAUUUCAAUGGGACUUCCAGGACCUACAAACCUUAGUUCAACAGAAUCUAUAAAUAAGUGGGCCAAAUGGAGAGAUAAUAAAUGUCAACCAAAUUUUAGGAAAAACGUUCUACCUAUAAAUAGUUGUGGUCCAUAUCAUCCUACAAACUCUUUGGAGCUUCCUGAGGAUAUAUGCUCCAAUACUGCUCAUAUGCAAGAUAUUAAUUCAUUAUUACCUCGAGCUGGUCUUCACAGCCAUGACACCAUAUCAAUGGCUGCUAUUGAUGAGAUGGGGCGUGUUGCUGUCGGAACAUCAACCAAUGGGGCAACCUUCAAGAUUCCUGGAAGGGUGGGGGACGGUCCUAUUGUUGGAUCCUCAGCAUAUGCUGACAAUGAAGUCGGUGCAUGUUGCGCAACUGGGGAUGGUGAUAUCAUGAUGCGCUUCCUUCCAUGUUAUCAAGUUGUGGAAAGUAUGAGGCUGGGAAUGGAGCCUAAGCAUGCGGCUCAGGAUGCAAUAGCACGGAUAGCGAGAAGAUUCCCUGGCUUUGUGGGAGCCGUUGUUGCCGUAAACAAGAAUGGGGAGCAUUCUGGUGCCUGUCAUGGAUGGACAUUUAGGUACUCGGUAAGAAGCUCAGCAAUGAAAGACGUGGAAGUCUUUACUGUGCUACCCUAGGCUCUUUCGUGGAAUUGGAUCUUCCAGCAAUUGAACCGUACUUAGCGUCUUAUUUGUGUUGUUUUGGAAAAUUUGUUGGCAUGUUAUAAUUUGACCACAGUGCACGCCUUUUAGAGGAUUAAAAUUGUAAAAUUGCAUGUUGUGAGGAGAACUCUUUUUGCAAGGGCCUAAAGUUUCGACUUCAUAAAAACUAUUUUUGGUGAUACCAACUUUCCAAAAGUUAA